CCAAAACACCAACAACCUUAUCCACCGAAAAAAAAAAGUUCCACGUCUCCACUCCAGUCCAGUGAGCCUACCCAAAGACGAUCGAACUCGCUCGCUACCAAGCAAUCGAAGCAGAGCCAGCGAGCAAUGGCGUCGCCGUUGCUCAAGCCACUCCCCCGCUGCUCCGCCGGGAGCCUCCAUGGCGGCCGCCCUGCAACGACCCAGAUACUGCAACAGAGGUGGAGAGACGGCGGAAGGGGCACGGCGAUGAAGGCGAGGGCGUUCCCGUCGCUGGAGGUGGUGCCGCUGAUGGCGACGAUGGUGCAGCACCUGGAAGGCCAGAGGGACUGGGUCGUCACCAAGUCCAUCUGGCAUCUCAGCGACACCGCCAUCAAGAGCUUCUAUACUUUCUACGCCAUGUUCACGGUGUGGGGCGUCUGCUUCUUCGCGUCCAUGAAGGAUCCUUUCUACGACAGCGAGUAUUACAGGGAACAAGGGGGCGACGGCACCGUGCAUUGGUACUACGACCGGCAAGAGGACAUGGAGGCGUCCGCGAGGGAGGAGCUGCUGAGAGAGGAGCUGCUCGAGGAGAUCGAGCAGAGGGUCGGAGGGCUCAGAGAGCUCGAGGAAGCGGGCAAGGAGGAGGAGUUCGUCAAGUGAUAUAAACUAUACGCACACAUGUAUGCAUAUAUCCGUAUUUCUAAUGGGGAAGUUUGAGGUUAAAUUAAGCACUCUGUACUCUUCGGUGUACUAUAAGCUGAAUCUCCUCAAGCAAGUGCCACUGGCAAUCAUAUCAAAAUCACAGAUAUGUUGAUUAGCAAUUAAUUUA